AUGACGUUAGAAGAAAUUCUGAAGUUGACUUAUUGGUGGUGCCAGGAUCUCGAUCAGAGACAAAUUAAACAUGAACUUGGACUUGGAGAAAGCACGGGGGUGGACUGGGACAGUUUCUGUCGCGAAGUAUGCGAAAUAACACUUCUUGAAAAUAGCGAAAAACUAGGCGGAAAAGGAAAGGUUGUUCAGAUAGACGAAAGUAAAUUUGGCAAAAGAAAGUACCACAGAGGACAUCACGUUGAAGGGCAGUGGGUGUUUGGAGGUAUAGAGGAGGAAAGCAGGAAAUGUUUUCUGGUGGCAGUCGAGAAGCGAGACGAAGACACACUGUUGCCCAUUAUUCAAGACUGGAUUGAACCGGGAACAAUUAUAGUGUCGGACUGCUGGAAAGCGUACUCCAAACUCGAGGAGCAUGGCUAUGAAGUUUGGUGUUCGAAAGCACCUUUUCUCCACGUAUUUGGCGGAAUUCAUUUGGCGAUACAUGCAUCGCGAUGA